GAUAGAAACCCUGAGUGUUGGCAACUAAGAGGAAGAAUUUAGUGCUCUCAAGUAAUAUUACAAGCACUUCUAGCUUGCAAGCGAAAUUUGCAGGAAAAGAAACUUGUGGGUUGGAAAUUAAAGAUCAUGGCGUGCCCCCUAGCUCGUGAUUCCAUUGCAAAAGAAGUUGAGGAAUGCGAAGAGUUGGUGAUUCACAUUCCACCAGCUGACCCGCCAGAGUGGCUAGAAUGCUGUAUCUAUAGGGUUCCCAAGCAACUGCGCAAGUUAAAUGGAGAAGCCUACACUCCUAAGCUAGUCUCAAUAGGACCCUUUCAUCACGAGGCAGAUGAAUUGAAGGACAUGGAAAAGCACAAACAGAGAUAUUUGAAGCAUUUCUUGAAACGGACCCUGAAGAUUGAGGAGGAUCUUCGAAAGAUCAUUGAAGGCAACGAAGAAAAUAUCUAUCAUUCCUAUUCAAAAGACUGUGGAGUCAAAAGUGGUACUGAAUUUGUGCAAAUGAUUCUGUUGGAUGCCAUCUUCAUAAUUGAGCUCUUCUUAAAAACCGAGGCAAAAGAAGAUGAUUACAUAUUAAGUAAACCAUGGCUACAAAUUGGUAUACUACAUGACUUGAUAUUACUUGAGAAUCAACUUCCUUUUUUUAUUCUUGAGGAAUUAUAUAUGUCCGCUUGCUGUGUCAAAGGCCAACAAAUUACGGAACACAAGGAUCAGGACCUGAAGAAAGAGGAUUCUCCAUCAUUUGUCGAGCUUUCUCGCAAUUACUUUGGAUGCUAUGACAAGAAGCCAAAGUCCAUCAUCGAUGAGGAAGUAAAAGUAAAACACUUUACAGAUUUGCUAAGAUAUUCAUUUCUUCCAUCAGACAUUGAAGACCCGCAACAGAGCAGUAAAGAACAAAAGAGCAGUAAAGAACGAAGUUUGUGUCUUCAAUAUUGUGCCACAAAGCUUGAUGACGCAGGAUUGAAAUUCAAAGGAGUUGAACAUCAUAGCCGCUUACUUGAUAUAUCAGUCCCUUCUUGUGAGGGAUGCAUUAAUUCGUGGUUCUGUUUCUCAUGCUUCAUUGCUUGCUUACCAUGCUGUAUCUGCUUGUUGCUUACCCAGCGUACGUUGAAAGUCCCACAACUUGUGAUAGACGACGAUACCGAAACUAUUUUCCGAAACCUCAUGGCCCUGGAGCAGUGUCAUUAUCCAUCUAAAACUUAUGUCUGCAGUUACGUUCUGCUAUUGGACCGUCUUGUUGACACUGACAAAGAUGUGGAUUUGCUUGUUGAGAAGAAUGUCAUUGAUAACCAACUCGGUAGCAACGCUGACGUGGCGUCUCUAAUUAACAAACUCUGCGUUCAGAUUGUGGAGACUCCAUCCUCUUAUUUCAUUAAUAUCGCUAAAAAGCUUAAUAGGCACUAUAAGUUCUUUUUAAACCCUAUCUUAGCAACCCUGAAAAGGGAGUAUUUCCCCAAUAUUUUUAGAGGCACGGCAACUGUUAUUGGACUUAUUGUCCUGGGUUUCACCUUCUGGAAUUUCCUUAGGCCUUUCGUCGUCUAGAAUUGAAGUAUGUGUCGUUUAGCUUUGUUUUAAGUUGCAUGACAUCUGAACUUUGUAAUCUCUGUUUAGCUAAUUCUGUUAUCCUCUCUCUCUAAUAUAUAUAGCUUGUAAUCUUGAACUU